UACACCACAGCUCCCAACAAUGGCAACUGCAAGCUACCCGGUCCCUCUAGUCUUUUUGGCCAUCUUGCUACCAAUCCUAUUGCCUGCUGUCGUUUCUUCAUCUCCAAGCCCAAGUGUAACCAAUGUUAACGGCAGCUACACCGACCUCACUGCCCUGUUGGCUUUCAAAUCGCUGCUCUCUGAUCCUCUCAGAAUCCUCGCCAGCAAUUGGACAUCCAACGUGUCCUUCUGCCAAUGGGUCGGCGUCUCGUGCAGCAACCACCGGCCGCGUGUCACGGCUCUGUGGUUGGCGAACGUGCCCCUCCAUGGAGUGCUCAGCCAACACCUCGAUGUGUCGAUGGCAAUGGAGUAUCUUCACCAUGAGCAUCACGAGGUAGUCCUGCACUGCGACUUGAAGCCUAGCAAUGUGCUAUUUGAUGAAGACAUGGUGGCUCAUGUAGCGGACUUUGGAAUCGCAAAGUUGCUAUUCGGUGAUGACAGCUCCAUGAUCACUGCAAGCAUGCUUGGAACACUUGGGUACAUGGCACCAGAGUAUGGAUCUUACGGGAAGGCAUCACGCAAGAGCGAUGUUUUCAGUUAUGGAAUCAUGCUCCUUGAAGUCUUCACUGGAAAGAGACCCACAGAUCCCAUGUUCGUCGCAGAUUUGAGCAUUAGACGGUGGGUUUGUCAAGCAUUUCCAACUCAGCUUGCCUCUGUUCAGGAUGACCGGCUAUUGCAAGGUGUUUCUUCCUCUGCCGGCAAUCUGAAUGACUUUCUUACGGUGACAUUUGAGCUGGGUUUGAUCUGCUCAAGUGACUCACCUGACCAGAGGAUGUCAAUGAGAGAUGUCACGGUGGCACUGAAGAAGAUUAAAAAGCAUUAUACAGAAUCAAUAAUAUCAGCAACCACGACAAGUGCUACCCUGUGAUUCAACUGUUCUUUCCGUUCCAUCUUCCAAUUAUUUUUCAGUACUUUUGUUUGUCCCGUUGGCCUGUGCCUAUAAUAUAAUUUUUCAACGUAUACUAUCAUUUCUGAAAUAAGUUUGUGUAAACCAUGCAUUUGAUGAUUCAUGGGUGGAGUUCAAAUACUGCAAUCCAA